AUGCGGGAUUUGAGGCACCUGUUAUUUGGGAGCCUCCUACUCGUUUGCGUCAUCCUUGGACGUGUGAGUAUCACUGCAAGUUUUGCCAAGUGCAGUGUUGCAGACCUGGUCCGCAUACAAACCAUGCCUGCGUUGAACACAGAAGGUUACGCUGAGGGUGGUGAGUCCGACAGCGAGGGCAGUGCUGGGCAAUUCAAAGGCUUUCGAAAGAGGUGGUGUGACAAGUAUGGAGAGCAGUCUUUGCUUGAUGUUUCUGAAUGCAAUUCGCAGACUGGUUUUGAAGGUGCAACUCUUGACAUGGAUGCUUCUGGAAAGAAACCUAAGCUAGCUGAGAAUGUGGAACCCUUUUCAGUCGUGGACAGCACAGUGGAUGAACUAGUUGACAUUCCGGUGAGUCAUACAUCUAGUUCGUCAAGGAGCCACAAACUUGAGAGGGGCGCUUUGCUUGGGACGAAUCUCAAUGUUUUCAAGUACCCUUGGGAGAAAGGGCGACUAGCCAAGGUUUUUGGGUCAGAGCCUUUAGUGAAGAUCCCAAACAUGCGUUUGAAGCCUGGUGGUAGGAAUCCAGUGGAGCUCAAUGUGGAUGUGGGGCUACAGGGUCAAAUGUCUGCUACAGCUGUGGUGAAACCUGCAUUACAUGGCAAUCCAGCUUUUAUGCAAGUUGUGCGAAAAGUGGAAGAUGUUGAUGCGUCAGUUGACAAACUUCAGAAACGUAGAGACGCUUUACAAGGUUUCUGGAAGGUGCUUUCUUCUUCUUUGUGCGAUUCAACAAUUGGAUUAAAGGUUUCAGUGGAGGCCACAGCUGACAGUGUGAACCAAGUGGCCUUACAGCGCUUGUACUCGCUGCAAGCCUACGACCAGUGGUGUGCAGACACUCACAGGGAGAGCUGGAUUCCUGUGUCAGAGAUGCACGUGUGGCAGUAUGUGCAAUGGUUGAAAGACAGCAAGGCCGCUCCAACUAAGGCCUCUAGUUUGUUGGACGCUCCCAGAUUUGUAUGGUUUUUGCUUGGUGUGCGUGGUGCCGAUGAGUCUGAACGUAGCCUUAGGGUGAAAGGAAUAUCAGCUCAGAUGAAAUCAACAAAGAAACCAUGGAGGCCUGCAGAUUUACUUCGCCUGGAUGAGGUGGUGCGUCUCCACAACAUCUUGGAGGACGAGAGCUGUGCAUUGGGUGACCGUGUCAUGACAGGACACAUUUUACACUUGCUGUACUCAAGAAGUAGGUGGUCUGACCUAUGCAGAGUUUCAAACUUGUACGUUGAUAGCGACCAGCGCUUCAUCGAACUCUCAACAAGGGAUCACAAAAGUGCAAGGUCGGCUGAACUGAAGUCGAAGCUGCUCCCACUGGUGGCACCGUGCAAGGGUGUCACUGCUGACUUGUGGGCAGUUACUUACAUGAGGAUCAGAAAGAUGUGCAACCUUGAAACUCCUGCAGAUGAGCCCAUGCCUAUGAUGAGGGCCCCUCUGAACGAGAGUGACACCUCGUGGACGAAAAGACCUUUGACGUCUGAAGAAGGCGCUGAUUCCAUGCAAGUCUACUUUGAUUUCCUGGACGUCGAAGCCUUCCAAGUCCCCUUGGCGCCUGUGCCACAGACGCCUGGAGCUUGCAAAGCAGACAAGAUGGACGGCCAGCUUGAUCAGCAGGACGUGAUGGAGUCAGCUGAGAUCUUGGGCGAUUCGCAUACAGGCACAGAAGCGCAGAGCCCAGCAAGCUGGCAUUGUCUGGAGAUGGAUCAGUUGGCCCACAGUGAGGUGGGCUCAAGCCCUGAGAGUGACACGACCGAAGACGAUAGUGUGCAAAGCACAUCAGAUAGUGAUGCAGAAGAAGUAGAAGACAGGAGGAUGGAAUUCCUUGAUCCUGUCACGAAGUUCUUCAUGAACUCCAAGUCUCUGGUCAUUCACUGUGAGCGUACAGUGGGCGUGCUCAAAUGUGGCAGACGGAUUUCUCCACAUUUCGUGGAGUUGUAUGAGCUGCACGGCAUUACGUGCUCCCGAUGCUUUGACAUUUGA